AUGUCGAACACGCCGGUGGUGGAUCCUCUGCAGCAGCCGCCGCCAAUGGUGAUGGAGCAGCAAGUUUACGCGAGCCGUACGGCGCACGGGUCGGUCGGACCCGUGAUUGGGGUUCUUGCGGUGAUAGCUGUUCUGGGGGCAAUAGCGGUCAUGAUCGGCCGGUUGUGUUCCGGGCGUCGAAUCAUGGGUCGCGCCCACUACGAUUUUGAGAGCUGGGUGGAGACCAAAUGCGCGUCUUGCAUUGACGGCCGGCUCGACCCGCCACCGCGUCCCGCGGCGGCGACUCAGGGCGGUGGCGCGCCUCCCCCGCCGCCCCCCGAGGCGGAAGAAGCACCCCAAGAAAGCAAGGAAGAAGGGGCGGCGCCGGCGCCGGCGGAGGAGGAACAGAAUCAUUCACACGGAACAGCUAAUUCUUGA